GCUUGGCUGGUUGGCUAGCUAGAUAGAAAGAAGAUCCAAUUCGACUUGUUAGGGGGUUUUAGAGUAGGGAAAUUAGCUUCCAAUUCGACUGUAUUCUUUUGCCCCACGAUCGACGAGACGAACCAAAGCCUGACAACUCGCCAUGGCGUGGACGGACCACUCAAUUGUCGCUCCGUUCAACCUGCAUCCCUGUCUAGCUACUACUGGUACUACCUUACUCAUCGACUAGUAGCCACCGGUAGACUUGGUGGUUGGUGGUCUCAAGCCACCGAUCCUCUUUGACUACAGACAGUAAAAAGACUCCUCCAAAGAUGAUAGUCAGCGUGGGCAAAUAUGCUCCUAGCGGCGGCUUGACACCAAGCAGAACGUCAGCCAAUAUAGCAAGCUGUGCAUUGAAAAUCGUAUUUGGCGUCGGAGAAGCAAGAUACAGUUACGAUCUAAUAUCUGGUGGUAUGGCAUUUGCACCAGAAAGUUUUCUAUUUGGACCGAAUUCCACCCAGCAGCUUGAUGAUUGUAUCUCCCGACAGCAUGGAUCAGAACCAAUCAUCCGACUAUACAUAGAGUUCACAGGAGUCAAAGCAGGUUUUUUUGACAGUAUUGAAACAGAAGACUGGACCACUUUUUGUGAAGGAAUCCAAAGUGCUCUUCCAGUAUUCACGAAACUAAUUUUCUGUGUCCAUUUUGCCUCUGGGCACUCUGAAGAAAAGGAUGAUUGGUUCCUGUCCACAUUGAUUGGUCACAUGCCAACACAAACAAUCACUGAAGUAACAGUCCACGUUAGGGGGGGGGUUGGGUCAGUUUGUAUUCCCAAGACUUGGGAUGCCUUGCAUCCACUAGUGAAUGUCCAAGCGUUGAAUUUGGAGGCUAGUAUACAGUUGGAUUCACUUGAAUCAUUGGCCAGUGUGGUGACGAUAUCCUUGCCAAGGCUCACAAAGCUUGUCUUUGUAGCUGACAUGAACUUUGGGUUGCGUUGGGAUCCUCUCAUUGAAGCGGUCCGAACCAAAAAGACGCUACAAGAGGUGGAUGUAGAAGUUUAUGACACAGAUGCAUUGCCUGUCAUGUGCACAUUUCCCUUCAUCCAUGAGAUUAUUCAGAGAUGUGACCUGGCAUUGACAGAAGGCGAACCAGGCAACCCUUCCACAGCACAACUACAGCCACCGACAGCUGAAGAUACAGCCAGCCUUGAGAACUGGUUGAAUGCAAUGGAACAUUGCUUGCAGGAGAGACACAGGUUUGACUGCUUUCACUAUUUCUUCUCCAAAAUAGAUCCACAGCUGUACCUCAAUGGGGAGUACUACCAGCGUCUUUGUCAGGAGGAGGCGGCGGCAAGAGCGGAAGAAGCCAACCGUUCUUCUCAGAAACGGCAUUGGUGGGAGGCCUAGCUAGUUGCAAACCCAAUCUAUAUAAUUUCUCAGAUUGCGAAACUG